GGUAUAUCUAUUUCACUUAGAAAGUUUGUUAUAUUAUUAUAUAAUAUAUAUAAUUGAAAUACGGUUAAAACUGAAAAAAACAACAACAACAACAGAAGUAUAAAGGACAGGAAGCUCAACUCGGAUGGAUUGUUAAUUAUCAUGAUUUUCACAUAUCAGAUAUUCUUUUCAUGGAGAGCUAAUUUAGAUGUUGAAAAUGACUUGUACUUAGGCGUGAUUGAAAGAUUUUAUAUGCAAACUGAUAUAGGAGUAAUUAUCUUCGUUGCAACCGGAUAUAAAGAUUUAAUCUUAUAUUUCAAAAAGUAUUUAAAUAAUACUAUUAUAUAUAUAUUUAAAGCGAUUUCAAUACUAUUACUUCUCUUUUGGCAAGGAAAAAAUUUUGACCUCUGCAACUUCUCUAAUACAUCAGUUGUUACUGAUUAUGCUAAACUAGUGAUGGAUACAAUACCUCACAAUUCAACAAUUUUUACUCACGGAGAUCUAUCCGCAACAACUAUCCCUUAUCUACAGUUAUGUGAAAAUUAUAGGCCUGAUUUAAAAAUUAUAGAUAUGGAACUGAUGACCUAUAACUGGAGCGUUCCGAGAUUGAAAAACACAAUCAAGUCUUUAGAAUUUCCUGCUGAACAAUGGCAUCUUAGAGACACAGAGACAACUUUUACAUUGAACAGAUUUUUGAAAGUGAACAUUUUUGAAAAAGAAACUACACCAGGUGUCUACGUUUGUAUCGGAGCCCAUCAGGAGGAGAUAUCCUAUCAAAAGUCUUUCUUUUUACUACCUAUUGGUGUAUGCCACCAAUUUUAUCCAAAAGACAAUGAUAUUUCUCUUGUCUCCUACAUUCAGAAAUAUGGAUAUCUAUACGAUUCGUGGCCAUAUUCGUACGAUUCAAAAUUCGAUCCUAAAUCAUGGGAGUAUAUAGCCAAUAGGAUAAUUUGGGAUGCAAAGUAUAAUAUCUUCUUUUAAUCUUUAUAUUUUCAUCUUUAUAUUUUUUUCUUUGUGAAGAAUUAACGCUGCUAUUUUCCUCUUCAACUUUGCAUCUACGUCAAAACAUAAUGAAAUGAAAGAGAAGGGCUACUAUUCAAGUUGGAAGGUAGAUAAUUCUGUUAAAAAUAGCCACUAUUCAAGUUGCUAUAUAAAAAUUCUGUCGAUAAGAGUAUUGUAUAUAUUUUUAGAUAUAUAACCAUCACAUAAAAAAAUACGAAAGGAAGCAACCUUUUCCAGUUUUCUGGAUGAAAAAUUACGCUUUAGCAAGCUUUUGGCUAUAUCGUCAAGGGCAUGUAGAGGUUGAUGGAAUAAAUCUAAUUUUAGAAUCAAUUCAAUAUUUCCAAUCCUAUUUAAACACUGAAGAAGGUAGAAGAGAUAAAGAAUUUUAUAAUAUUUCUAAUCUUGUCAAGAGUUUAAAAGCAAAUUUAUAAGUACUUAUAUAAAUUUAUUAUUAACUUAACAAUAAAUAGUAUUAAAAAAAGAUAAAUCUUUGUUAAUAAGAACAAAAUUAAACGAUAAUGAGGACAAAAAAG